AUGACAGUGUCCGCAAUUAGUUUUCAACAACAUCUUCUCCAAUUGAUUCCUACAUUCACGAAUCGAGGUAUCUUAUGUGAAUUGGUGGAAGUUUUUGAACCAAUAUUACAACUUCAAUGGCAAGCGAAGCCAUAUAGCGACGAGAAAACAUCCUUUGAAGAAGAUGAAAGCGAAAUGAUUUAUGUACUGCCAGACGUGUCUGUGCAAGCUUGGAUUCGCUUUUCGCCAUCCUUCCAGGUCCCUCAAUUUUUCUUUCAGCUGUAUUCCAAUGGCUGUUUUCCUCUCACAAAGCUUGAAAAUGUUACUGCUCUCCUCCGUCCAGAAAAUAGAGAGUUGGCUAUGGACGCUUUGGCGAUUGGAGAUUGUCCUGCUUCAAAUGGCAUUGCUUGGUACGUUCAUCCAUGCUGCACACAAACCUUUUUCCAAACUGCCCAAGUUUCCAAACAAGAUACUUCUUACUUGCCAAUGUGGAUCCUUUAUAUCCACCGAUUGCUCUCUCCAAUUACCACUCCGAUGAUAGAAGCGCUUGAUGACAAGUCUUCUUAA